CACACACACACACACACACACACACACACACACACACACACACACACGGAUGAACUGGAUCAUGAGGCUCUGAAGCACACGCCCACAACAGCAGCAUCACUGUGCUGCACCACAGAGAGAGACCAGCCUAUACUCCCAUCUCUGACUCUCCCUCUUUCAGUCUCUGUUUGCCUCAUUCUCUUUCACACACAAACACACACACACACACAUAGAGGCAGACACGUGCUGCAGGGAAGAUCUGAGUGUUGGGUCGCUGAGCAUUCAUAUCCCCCUCCCCUUCUUCUUCUUUCUCACUCUCACUCUCUCUCCUCGUUCACCUUGUCUGUUCUGGCUGUAUGGUUUAUCGUUGCGUCAGAGUCAAAGACAGCCAGCGAGAAGCAUGCCGGGGGAGAGCACUCACAGAUCCGUGCCCAGCGACAAGCAUCCAGGGCAGGAACCUGAGGAAACAGGGCUCCCUGGACCAGACAUGACCAGACACCCAUCUACUGACUCCACACCAAGUGACAGUGGUUCAUCCCCGAGUGACAGUGGUUCUAGUCCCUCUCCCAGUACUCCACAAAAACUGCUCCCAGCAUGCACUUCUCCAUUUGGACCACGACUAUUUCAUGUGUCCCCUAGCUCUUCUGGUACUCCAAGACCUCAACCUGAAGGCUCCGAUCAUCGCAACAACAGCACACCCAGACUGUCUGGAAAAUUAGGUGGCCAUGGACCAUGUGGCCGCCAUGUCCCUGUUAAGAUGGAGCGAAUCAAGGUCCUAACUGGUUCUGAGGUGGAGAGUGACUACCAGGAGCCACAAACUAUUGAUACAAGGGUGGUGAUGGGUGAAGAAACACUGCUGAAAACAACAGAGAUCAAGAAAGGGAAUCCCUUUACUGCCCCAAGUGAUCAGGCUGUACCUUUACCAGAUAUUCCAAGCUUUUCAGAUCCUCAGGCACAGGCAAAAGAGACUCAGUUGGAAACAAGAAAAGAGGAAAAUCAAUCCCCAAAACAGGAGGCUCAGCAAAAAGACCGUGCAGACCCCUCAGCGACUCUCCCUAUCCCUUUUCACAACCCCCUGCUCCCUCCCUCUACCUCCCCAGGGUCACUAACGACAGAUGACAGCUUGACGGAGAAAAAAAAAGAGUGUCAAAGCCUCUCUCAAGAUGAAGUGCCUUCCCACUCUUUUUCUGAGCCUGCCUGUCCAGUUGCUUUGUCCUUUUCUGAGCCAGUCUGUGCUGUUGACCCACUACGAGUGGGUGUCCCCUCAUCUCUUGACCCUGACCUUUACUACACUGCUCCUUCUACCCCAAUUAAAAUGGCAUCUCGCUCUUCACACCUGAAACAUCAUUCAUAUCCUGGCUCCCCUGUCUCUCCACUGUCCCCUGGUUCUCCCUCUGACAGUGAGGACCUCUGUUCCCCUCUCACUUCUCCUUCUGGCUCUUACAUCACAGCAGAGGGAGGCAGCUGGACCUCCUCUUACACAUCUUCCACCUCCCCCUCCACAUCUCCAAAUCCACUCCUCACAGAAGAAACACAGGAGGCUCCUGCUUGUUUUGUGGGGUCCUUGUCUGAAAUUGGAGAUGAAGUUGGGGAGGAAAAGGGAAGAAUAGUUCCAGAACGCGAGGAAGAAAGGGCAGGGGACUUCUGUCUGUACCAUGAGGGGGAUUUUGUUAUGAAUUCCCCAAUAGGUAUAACAGACACAGUCAUCGUUGAGGAGGAAGAAACUUUAAAAGGGGACGAGCUCAGUGUUUCUAGAGAAAGUUGUCGCCCCUGCUGGGUAACUGAGGACACAUCCCCUCUGAGGAGCAGUAGCAGUAGUGACUCCCAGGAGGAUGGAGGAGGUUAUGAAAGUUCACUCUGCCCUCUAGAUGAGGACAGUAUAGAAAGAGCUGAGUCAUCUAGACCUAUCCAGUCAGGACUGAGACUGCAACUUGAGGCAUGCGUAUCAGAGGAACAUUAUGGACAGAUGGAUGUCCACCAAGAGCCUCCUUCAACCGCCUUGACUCCUGACACAGAGAACAUGACCAUGGCCUCAUCAAGCCUUAGCCCUGACUCACCUGUCCUCUCCCUGGAUGCCUUCUUUCCUGGAGCGUUUGAUAGGCUUGGUCCCAGUUCCUUCAUACUAUCCCAGGCAGCCUGUGCUGAUGAUAUACCAGAGGAGGAGAGGAUGAUCCCUGCCUCCCUCAUCUCCUUUCCCCUUCACACCAGCCUUAUCUUUAAGGCCGAUUCAAUGGAAAUCACCCUCUUCCCCACUGAAGAAGAGAAUGAAAUAGAAGUUAAUGACAGAAACGAAGAAAAGGACGUUGAUGCCUAUGCAGCGGGAGAAGAGGAGGCAGAUGUAGAAGAUGACGAUGAAGACGAAGAGGAUGACGAUUAUGAUUAUGAUGAUGAUUUUGAUGGUAAUGCUAAUGGUGCUGUCAGCUGUGAUGAAUAUGAGGAAACUAAUAAAGAUGAUGGCAGUGAUGACCGUAAAGAGUCAGGCGAGGAAGCUAAGGUGGAAGUGAAAGUGGUAGAAGAGGACGAAGAGGAGGAGGAGGAAGAAGAAGAGGAUGAGGACGAUGAUGAAUGUCAUAGUAGAGCAGUGGAGGAUCCCACAGAUGAGGAUAGCUCAGCAUCCUUCCUUCAUUCGCUUUCAGAAACUUCUCUUAAUGAGGGGUUGGAUGAGUCUUUUUGUUUCCAAGACGAUACAGAGGAGUCAUCAGAUUCUGCCUCCUACAACGGGGAGGAAGACGAACGUCUGUACAGCACUGAGAGGCAUGCACAAUCAUUAGAACCCACAUCAGCAGAUGGACCUGAUCCAGGUCAAAUACAAUCAGAACCUGAACGGGCAACUAUCAGUGGCACAGUACAAAAUGAACCUUUGCCCUCACAGCAGAGCGUGGAUGAACUAGUGGAUUGCUGCAAAACAACCUGUCUGUCUGAAGCCACUGCCCACCCUAAAGGAAACAAUGUAGAUCCCAGUCCUGUGGAUGCAUGUAAAAUCCCUGAGACCCAAUCAGACCCUGAACUAGAAUCUACCAGCGAAACAGGUCAGGCAAAACAUUUCCCUGUACAAGCGAGCACAGACAAACCACUGGAUCACCAGAAACUAUCCUGUCCUGCAGACAAACCACUGGAUCACCAGAAACUAUCCUGUCCUGCAGACGAACCACUGGAUCACCUGAAACUAUCCUGUCCUGCAGACGAACCACUGGAUCACCAGAAACUAUCCUGUCCUGCAGACAAACCACUGGAUCACCAGAAACUAUCCUGUCCUGCAGACGAACCACUGGAUCACCAGAAACUAUCCUGUCCUGCAGACAAACCACUGGAUCACCAGAAACUAUCCUGUCCUGCAGAAGCGAAUUCUUCUCUGUCAGACUCCUCCGACGACCCGAAUAAGAGUGCGAAUGAGAGUGAGAUGACUUAUCUUGAUUUUUUCUCCGAUCCUCUUGAGGGGCCUAAGCCCAGUCCCUUUUUUAACCCUUCCUCCACUCCUGAUACCAGCCAUGUGUCACCUUCUUUUGCAACAGAGCCCCACAUGUCCCACAUUCCUCCCUCUGCUACUUCUGUGCAGGAAACACCAGACCAGAACAUUUCAGUUUUUCCAGAAGAAGAUCACCAGGGCAAAGAUGUUGAUUUCAAAUUGCCCAGUAAUAGUGGCAUAGUGGAAAAAGAACCAGAAAGAGACUCUUUGAAAUUGCACAGUGAUAACUCAGUAAGUGAGCCCAUAAAUGGGCCAGAAAGAGAUUCUUUCAAAUUGCUCAUCAAGCCUCGCCAUUAUCACUCUGAAAGCCAAAGGACUGUGGGAGCAAGUAGACGUGUGUUGUCAAAGUCUUUCUGCAGUAAACAUGAUGUGCCUGUAGGGGCAGAGGCCAUGUGCAGAUCCAGUAUUCACAGUGAGUCUGAUAUUGACCUUGACCAGAAGAAUGGGAAUGCUUCAGCAGAGUCUGUGAGUGUGGAGUGUAGAAUCAAUGAUUCUGGUCCUUCUCUGAACAAUGUCAUUGCUACUAAUGACUUGAAUAAAGGUGUUCCUCUUCUAUCUUGUCCUAAAGACCCUAGUCCCAAUCCCAGUAAUAUCCCCGUUUCUGCCUCUCCAGAAGUCAUCUCAGAACUAGCUGACAAUCUGGCCCUAACACCUGAACACUGCCCUGGUGACUCUUCCCAGGAGAACCUAAGGGAAAACACCCUUAGUACUGAUGAGGGAGUACUGGGAGCUGUUGGUUCCCCACACUCACCUUUUGCCAUCUCUCCGAAAAGGGAAAAUUCAGAAACGGACACAAGCAGAGAGAUGGGUUCUGUAGCAGGGGCAUGGUGUGACACCAGGGUGGGAAUGGGGUUCAGUCUUGGAUUAGGAGCAGAGGCUGAGUUUGGUGUCUGGGGAGCAGGGGAAUCUCUAUCAUUGUCUCUGGGGAAGAGGUAUGAGUUAGAGGCGGAAAGUCUGCUCAUGUGUGAUGCAGAAGGCCAAAGCAAGCAGACGGCCAUGGUUUCUAACAUGAGCAGUGAAGAAUGCAAAAAUUAUGAUAAUGUUCUUGGGUCUAUGCUAGAUGAAGACGAUAACAACAGUUUGCAUGGAGAGAAGCGCCAAACAGAUACCGAAGAACUGGUUGGAGAGGGAGUUUCUGAGUCCAACUUGGCACGCUGUAAGUCCACUGAGGAGAUUUCAGUAGAAGGAGGGGGAGAAGAUGGAAACGCCAGCUUCCUGGAGGAUGAUAUCAGUAAUCUAAAUCCACACAAUGACGGCGAUAACACAGAAACACAAAUACAAAACACUUGGAAGAACUGUAACAAUAACAGUGAGUCUGCCUUUGGCUCUGCGCAUGGGAGUCUCAAUGCUCUGUCAGAGGAAGUCAGACACCAGAGUGUGAGUGUCAGUGUUAGAGACUCUGUCUCUAAUAUUCCACUUGAGGAGAUGCCACCUCAGGUUUCGGACAUGAUUCCUGAUGGAGACAGGAAAUCAACAGAUAGUUUGAUAAACCAGACACCAGAAACAACACAGACACCAUUCCCCGAGAAAGGUGGCUCCAGCAUCUCAGUGCCAUUAACUGAAACUCACUCAGAUGCAGCUGCAACAAACAAACACUUUGAUUUAAAAAAUGAAACCAACUUAAGAAGUCAUACAGGCCCAGAGUGUCAGACAAUCACUCCAGAGAGUGACACAUCAUUUUCUUUGGUACAGGGUUCCUUUGGAUCAUUCACUCCUAAAUGCAAAUCCGAUGAUUCCAAACCAAGUAAAGCUUGUCAAGAAAAGGUCAAUACUGGUUCUUUGUCAGAAACAGAGAUAAUGGAGUCUCAGACAGAAAGCCAAAGAAAAUGUGAUGGCAGUCCCCUCAUGGACAAAGUUGUCGAUGAACCAAAGACUAAAGAUGCCUUUAGAGAACAACAGCAUGUUGUUUAUAACUCAGGGGAAGACAAUGAAGAAGACAAAGUGGAAGAGAAAGCAAAAGAGAGAGGUGCAAAAAAAGAUAAGAAAAAGAAACAGGAAAGAAAAUCCCGGUCUGCACAAAACGACUCAGAGCACUUUCCCUGUGACAGCCCCGAGGGACAUUGCACGGAUACAUCAUUUGAUGCAAAGAAAGGAAGGAGAGGAAGGCAGAACAAACAGAGGGCACCUCUGACAGACAGUCAAGGUGCCUCUAGCCCCGAAUCUGUUGUUGAUCCAGAGAAACCUGCUGUUCCUUUAAAUAACACACCAGAGGUACGGUCAAAGGGGAAUGCAGAAACAUCCAAAUCUAAGACAGGACAUAAUGCAAGCAACAAGUUUUCAUCACUGGAUUGUCAACAGAAGACGCCUGGGACAGACAAGGUUGAAUCUGGUUUACAGCUCCAGGUAGAAAACAAUCCAAGUCCUGAUGUCAAAAGUCCUAACCACGUAGUCUGCGGCUCUACCACACACACAACAGACAACCUAAAUAUUGUUGUGGCGAUGAACCAAGAUGUACAGCAGGAAGUUCUUGAUAAUAGACCGCUACCUGAUAAUCAGAGAGGAGUUACAGUGGACAUUAAUGAUAACAACAUAGAUAUUACCCACAAUACCAUACCAUACUCUCUGAAUCCACUUUGCUACUCAGCAUCUCCUGUUUCCUCUUCCUCUUCCUCCUGCUCUCUACCUUGUGCCUCAACAGACCCAGAGCAUGAUCUUUCCACACCAGUGCAGGAAUCCCAACCUGACCUCUCAGCCCAACAACGGCAAGAACCUUCACUGUUCACUUGCCACACCACCCCUGUCUGUUUGUCAACCUCUCCUACAACACAGAACACCCCUGAUUCCCAGUUCCUUCCUACCACUAACCUCCAAGAGAUCACUGAUGUCCUCAGUACAUCAACUAUGUCUGCCACAACUGUCUCUUCACCCUUAUUCUCCACUGCCGUGCCAUUAAGUCUGUUUCAGUCUACCCAGGAGUCAUCUUUACCCGAGCUGGGGAAUUUAGAUGCAGUCUGUAUUCCAGACUCUAGUUCCCAUCCCCAGUCUCAGUCAUACUCCCAGUCUCAUGCUAACGCAAGCGUACAGCCUCACAAACAAGUUAGUCAAGGUCACACAUGGAGCACACAAGACAGGUGCAAAGGUCCUAGUUUGGCUGAGGAAGAGACAGACAGUGAGGGCGAUGGAGGUAAAACAUCCCAGCCCAAAGGAAUUCAAGGAAGCAGAAAUGGAUCACUACAGAAAGACUCUGGUUCAGCCAAUCAAAGGGAAAUCCAGCCCUUCUCUACCCACCAAUUUACAGGCAGGCGGCCCAGCUGUCCUAUGAAACACAGCCACAACAUUUGUGAAGAGACUGACCUAUCAUUCCAGAGCAAUUGUUCAGUGCUGGCUUCAUGUAAUGAGUCUGAGAGUGAGGGUUCAGUUCCUGAGCUGGAAGAACUAGAGCCACUGAGACCAUCAGAGCCACAGUCUAUCUCCUCUGCAGAUGAAGGGUUAAACAGACCAAAGCAGAGCCGCAGUGAAAAGAAGGCCCGCAAGGCCAUGUCUAAGCUGGGUUUGAAGCCAGUCCACGGUGUGACCAGAAUCACUAUUAGGAAGUCCAAGAGCAUCUUGUUUGUCAUCAGCAGACCAGAUGUAUUCAAAAGCCCCGUAUCAGACAUUUAUAUUGUGUUCGGAGAGGCAAAGAUUGAGGACCUGUCUCAGCAGGCUCACAAAGCAGCCGCAGAGAAAUUCAAGGUGCCUGUGACCUCUUCUCCCUUAGCCCCACCUGUCCCACCCAGCCUCACCAUCAAGGAGGAGAGUGAAGAGGAAGAAGAGGAGGUGGAUGAGGGAGGCCUUGAGCAGAGAGACAUUGAGCUGGUGAUGGCUCAGGCCAAUGUGUCACGAGCCAAAGCCGUCCGUGCGCUGAAACACAACAAGAAUGACAUUGUGAAUGCUAUCAUGGAGCUGACCAUGUGAGCGGUGAAGACGAUUCAACUCCUGACUCCUUUAUUCCAGCCUAUAAAGCCUAAACACCUGACUCUUCUAUAUCGCUGCUACUAUAUGUUGCAUCCCCAAUAUCUGCUAAAUAAAGUCUGUUCCAACGUGGGCUCUGACUGGACCCUGAAACUGAUCUUACUGAAAAGAUUAGUCUCACAUUCAUUAAAUCAAACAUGCUAUAUUGAUCCUUCACCCCAACUUUCACUUGAGGAGAAGUUGAAAAUAUUUAAAUGAAAGAAGAGGCGAAAUGUUUCUGAUUGGUUGUCGGAAGCAAAAUCUGUGCUAUUCAAUUCCAUGCUAGAGUUACGUCCUUAAUUUGUUGGACAAAAACAUCUUUCUUGCAGUUUU